GCUGUGACGAAGUAGACGUCGACGUCCUUUUUGUGGACGAAAUCGACGUCGUCGUGCACGUAGUCGGGGACGUCUGCGCCUAUCCCCUCCUGUUCGGCUGGCCUCCUCCACGUGCUCCGCCACCCAAAGCUCCUGCACCACAAACAUCCGACACUGCUUCAUCUGCAGCUGCAGGAAAAACACCAGCUUUAGCUGCAGCAGCACCUGCAUCAGCCCCUGCAGACGCGGAAUCCCCUCCUGUUCGGCAGUAUGGACCUUUGUCCAAGGAGGAGGCUGAACGAGAGAAGCGCGAAGGUGGUGAAGGAGGCAAGGUGAAGGGUUUAGAGGGUGUGAGCAAGGCGAAGACAGCAGGGCCUCCUCCUGCACGACCGCCACCCAAAGCUACUGCACCACAAACAUCCAACACUGCUUCAUCUGCAGUUGCAGGAAAAACACCAGCUUUAGCUGCAGCAGCACCUGCAUCAGCCCCUGCAGACGCGGAUAGGGACGAACAAACCGCGGAUGGACCUUUGUCGAAGGUGGAGGGUGAAAGUGAAAAGCGCGAAGGUGGUGAAGGAGGCAAGGUGAAGGGUUUAGAGGGUGUGAGCAAGGCGAAGACAGCAGGGCGUCCUCCUGCACGACCGCCACCCAAAGCUACUGCACCACAAACAUCCGACACUGCUUCAUCUGCAGCUGCAGGAAACGCACCAGCUUUAGCUGCAGCUGCACCUGCAUCAGCCCCUGCAGACGCGGAUAGGGAAGGACAAGCCGUGUAUGGACCUUUGACGAAGGAGGAGGCUGAACGAGAGAAGCGCGAAGGUGGUGAAGGAGGCAAGGUGAAGGGUUUAGAGGGUGUGAGCAAGGCGGAGACAGCAGGGCCUCCUCCUGCACGACCGCCACCCAAAGCUACUGCACCCCAAACAUCCGACACUGCUUCAUCUGCAGCUGCAGGAAAAACACCAGCUUUAGGUGCAGCAGCACCUGCAUCAGCCCCUGCAGACGCGGAUAGGGACGAACAAACCGAGGAUGGACCUUUGUCGAAGGAGGAGGGUGAAGGUGAAGAGCGCGAAGGUGGUGAAGGAGGCAAGGUGAAGGGUUUAGAGGGUGAUGCGAUUCGGCUUCAAGCAAUGUGGCGGGGCCACGAAGUAAGAACAUGGAUUCAAGCGGCGUCCAUUGUGCGUUCUAUGAAGUGGAACUUUACUGCUGGGAGUACUAAAAGUACUGGGACAAACGGGGCAGAGCCUCGUGGCUCAGAGCCCUUUAAUGAUGCCGCUUUAGAAUUGAGCGUGACCAAAACCUAUGGUCCCCUUGUAGACGGCUGUUCAGUAUCUGAAGUCCCCUUGAGUGUUUCUUGUAGCCAGAUAAGAACGUCUUCGACCACGGAGGUGGCAGAUCUCUCAGGGAAGACGAACAACGAGCCAACCUGUAUUCAAGAUACAAAACUUACCCCAGAAGAGGUUGCUCCCACUUUUGAAACGGUGCCUUUGGGGCACCACAAAGAACUACCACCAACUCAGAAGCAAUCAGACGUUGUUUGUGCUACUGGCGCAAGCUGUACUGGAACUACGCAUUCAAUUCCCGUUGGCGGGUUUGAUGCAGAAGCCGAAAGAAGGCAACAUGGGGGGCAACCGGCAAAUGAAAUCGCCCAGGUUGAUCUGCCACUAACCAUAGCAAGCGGCGCGUGCGAUACCUUCAGCGGUCCAGAAGGAGCGGAUGUUGCUGAGAGCCCCUUGCCUGUGGAGGCAGUUCCGUCCAUCGUGCGAGGGCCAUAUUUGGCCGAUAGCAUGUCACCUAGCUCAGUUGUUCUCAGUCAUCAAGGAGUUCCCGAUGCUGCGCAACAUGCGCUGCGCCGCGCUGCGCGAGAGCUGGGUUCGUCUCCACCUGUUUGCCAUAGUGAUCCUGAGACAGGCGAAGGCAACGAGGAUAAUAACCCUUGUUCGACCGAACCAGCUCAAGCUGAAAACGAGGAUGUACUUGAGCACAGCAGCCCAGAUGCUGCUCCACACCCACCAGCAGGUGUCGAGAAACCUGGUGAAUUCGGAGGAAAUAUGGAGGAACAAAACGACGCAGAUGAUUCAUCAAUCUCACAGACGUUGUCCCAAGAUGCAGCAGGAGAGAAACCGCUUUCUCUAGAAGACACUCUAACAUCCAAUGCAGCAUCUGAGCAUGCGGCUGCAGACGAUGUAACACCUUCAGACGCGAUAGCCAACAGAACCGUAAAUAUCGAGGACGAUAGCUCAACUGGAUCUAAUGCUCAGUCUUCUCAACAAUUGGAAGCACAUCCUAGUAAGACACCUGGAAGGCGUAUUGCUUAUUCUGUAGCUCCUUUUGUACCUUUUGUAGGUAGGCCGACGAAGGCAGCUCAACGCCUGCAGAGUCCGGAAGUGGAAGCAAAAAUUCGUGAGGAGACUCCCACAGUUGAAUCUGAAGGGGCCGUUUCCAGUUUGGGAAGGCGUGUAUCAUUGGCGCUGCGCAGUGCCUAUUCCAUUUUCGGCAAGGUGGCAACAGCAGGGAGACAACACCCUGCUCAACGGGAAGAGGGAAGUGGUAUAUCGCAUGCUGCUGUGGGAUGGUUGAGGCGUCGCAGUUCUGAUAUGACAGCAGCAGCACAAGGGGGGACUGCAGUGGGAAAAGAAGAGGUACGCACACAAAAUGUGCAGGCUGCACCUGUGGAAGGAAACGGUACUAGUAGCGUUCCUUUAUCCCACCGCCCUCUAUCAUCUACUCCGCCAGUUGUUCAGAGAACGCCUCCGGUGUGGCCAGUUGGAGACGUUUCCAUGGAAGAAUCAGAUCGCCAGACAUUGGCAUAUGAAACAAAGCGUUGGGGGAGGCGCUUCACAACUGUAAAUACUCAUGAACCGCGUGCAGAUGGCACGGGACCGACGCUUAAUCCCUUUCGUCGGACACACCGAACGGAAGAAUUUGUGGAGACACACUUACAACCGAUCCCAAAGAAAAAGUAG